AUUGGAGAGGAAAAUUAUGGAGUCUUGAUGUGUUGAGUUUGUGAGUGAAGACGAAAACAGCGCUGGAAUGUCCUCCUUUUGAGCGGGAAAACCACCACUGCUACUCGCCCUCAAACUCCGUAGCUCGGCCGUUACCGGAAAGCGUCUUCAGGUCGUAAUAGUAUCCAAGGGGAUUUGGGUUUCGCUGCUUCUGUUUGCCCUAGGAUAGCUCCCCUGGCUAAGGUUAGCCGAGGCUGCUAGCGGAGCUGAAUGGGAAUUUACAGCCUGUGUGGCUCUUUUGCGCGCUAGCGGGCUGAAUGCAGCCACGCGCCUCCCGCCGCAUCGGGCUCUUUCAGCCGCAGCAGCUGCUGCUGCAUUAUUCACGUGGUUUAUUGACACCUGGACACGAGGAGUACUGGAUUAUCAUGCCGAGCUCGAGUUUAUUUUGAAGGAUUUGUGCGAUAUGAGCUCUCUUGGAGCUGUCAAUCAUCCCGGUGGAUCUAACGUGUCAUUUCAUCAUACUGAUCUGCGCUUAUCCACACUAAUGUUUUGCUCUCAAGGAAUCUGCGUGUUUUUCUUUUCUUUAUACCCCUUGAAACAUCAAUGACUGCACACAAGCCGAUUUUGGACGGAUACUUUUGAGAACUUUCCCAAGGAAAGGAUUUGUGAGGGUGCGGCGUAAGACCGGGGCAGUAUUUUAAAUAAACUGUCAGCUCUUUAAAAAAAAAAAAAAAAACAUGGCUUCGGUGUGGAAAAGACUGCAGCGUGUUGGGAAACAUGCCUCCAAAUUCCAAUUCGUAGCCUCCUACCAGGAACUCAUGGUGGAAUGCACUAAGAAAUGGCAACCGGACAAACUAGUUGUCGUCUGGACGCGCAGGAGUCGAAGGAAAUCUUCCAAGUCUCAUAGUUGGCAGCCUGGCAUCAAGAAUCCCUACAGAGGAGUGGUGGUGUGGCCUGUGCCAGAGAACAUUGAGAUUACUGUUACACUCUUUAAGGAUCCCCACGCUGAAGAGUUUGAAGACAAAGAGUGGACAUUUGUCAUCGAGAAUGAAUCUCCGUCAGGCCGUCGGAAAGCGCUGGCCACCAGCUGUAUUAAUAUGAAGCAGUAUGCCAGUGCCAUGCCCACACAGACAGACGUCAAGCUCAAGUUCAAGCCGCUGUCCAAGAAAGUGGUUUCUGCAACGCUACAGUUCUCCCUGUCCUGCAUCUUCCUUCGAGAGGGCAAAGCCACUGAUGAAGACAUGCAGAGUUUGGCCAGUCUGAUGAGUAUGAAGCAGGCUGAUAUCGGCAAUCUGGAUGAUUUUGAAGAGGAGAAUGAAGAAGAUGAGGAGAACAGAGUGAAUCAGGAGGAGAAGGCUGCCAAGAUCACAGAGAUUGUGAGACAGCUGAAUGCUCUCAGCUCAAUAGAUGGAGAUCCAGACGACUGCCUAAAGCAAGCAAAUAAACCUGCCUCUUCUUCUGAAGAGCUGAUCAGUAAGUUGAACUUGCUGGAUCAGGAGGACCAAGACCAGAGGAACAUGAGCUCUAACCCCUUCGAUGAACCUAAUGACCCGGUUGACCUUAACCCUUUUGGUGACCCGGAUGAGGACGAACCAUCCCCUGAGCCUCAUGUGCGGUCCACCAUCAAAGAUCAGGACACUGUAUAUGAUCAAGACACCUCCCAUCCCUCGAACCCUUUUGAUGAGCCUGAGCCAGACCCUGAUCCUCAGCAAUACAGUAAUCCAUUUGACGAACUCAAACCUGAGCCCCAUCCCAAAAGAUCGCCACCUAGAAGCAGCAAGAGGAAAAAUGUCCGGCCGGUGGACAUGAGCAAAUACCUGUAUGCUGACACUGCCAAGACCGAAGAGGACGAGCUAGACGAUUCAAACCCGUUCUAUGAGCCCAAAUCCUCUGGUCCAGCCAUGUCCACCACAGAAAGCGGCUUCUCUGAGAAGAGCACCAAACAACAGGCCCCUCAGCCUCCUAGGGUUGGCCCCAACCCUGCCAUGACCCCUGGAGUCCUGGCACCAAAGGCUGAAGCCUUUGUGGCCACAGCCACUCUGCCUGCCCUGGCACCGUCAGCUGUCGCAGCUGUGAUGGGGAGAGAGCUGGUCUCUUCCUCACCUAAGCCCAGUCCAAUUCCAAGUCCUGUUCUAGGGGGGAGGCCUAAUGCGAGUCAGUCCCUGUUGGUCUGGUGCCGCGAGGUAACAAAGAACUACAGAGGAGUCAAAAUCACCAACUUCACCACUUCCUGGAGGAACGGACUGGCAUUCUGUGCCCUGUUACACCACUUCAGACCCGACCUCAUUGACUUCAAGGCUCUCAAUCCUCAAGAUAUUAAAGAAAACAACAAAAAGGCAUAUGAUGGCUUUGCCGGACUGGGCAUCUCUCGUCUUCUGGAGCCAUCUGACAUGGUUCUUCUGGCCAUCCCAGAUAAGUUAACAGUGAUGACGUACCUGUAUCAGAUCCGGGCACAUUUCAGUGGCGAGGAACUCAAUGUUGUGCAGAUUGAAGCCAACAGCAACCGUAGCACGUACAAAGUUGGAGACUUCGAGACAGACACGAACAGUUCCAUUGACCAGGAUAAGUUCUACGCCGAGCUUAAUGACGUUCAUCGCGAGUCCCCCAAACAACUGGAUACCACAGCAAACGACAGCGGGCAUGGUGGGACAGCAGAGCAGGAACUGAAGUCAGUAAUGUCAGGUGGGGGAUCUGGUUCUCUAUCAGGCUCCCCAAGGGAAGUUCUAAAAGUAACUCCAUCUUUACGGGCAUCUAUGGCAGUAGCGGGAGAUCGUGACUCUCCAGCAUAUCCGUCCGUCACAGAACCUCACCCACGAACUGCCCAGUGCACCAGAACCAGCCUAGACACUUCCACCAGCCAACCCCUUGCUACAGAACAGAAAAAACUCCUCAAAGCUGAUACACUGGACAUGGGUGACCUGUCUCACAGGAUGGAGAGAGAAAAAGAGAAAGGGCAGUCAGGUGGGUUCACCACCACUGAUACCAGAGACUCCAGGGAGCGGCACAAGCCUCCAGGGGCUGGCGAGAGAGAGCCCGGUUCACCCACGUGGCACACUGGGCCUUCGCUAGCAAAUACACACAAACUGGAGUUCACUUAUAACAGGGAUGCUGAUCUAAUCAAGAAGAAGAAAGCGAGCUUACAGCAUUCUGAAUCUAGCAGCACCUCAAACAGCAGUGCCCAGACGAACCACACAUACACACCUGCUAAACACACACAGGAAGUUGUUCCUACUCCUGCAUCAAACACCAGCGAAGAGAAGAAGGUUCUGUCUCGUCAGGAGGAACUGAAGGAGAGGGCCCGGCUGCUGUUGGAACAGGCCCGUAGAGACGCUGCCAUAAAGGCUGGAAACAAGGGCACCACCAGUGCACAGUCACCCACACACACUCCACAGAUUAUCGAUGAGCGUGAUGAAGAACGGCGCAGGCAGCUGAGAGAGAGAGCCAGGCAGCUGAUAGCGGAGGCUCGAUCUGGAGUAAAGAUGGCUGAACUGCCUCUCUAUGCUGACUCCACCUCUAUUUCCUGUAGUGCAGCUGGGAACAACUUAAAAGGAAGGUCAAAGACAGCUGGAGAUGUGGUGGAUGGGUUAAGUGUGGAAGGUGAGGAUGAGGAGGGCAGAAGUGAAAAAGAGGCAUCUCAUACUGAUGAUGUUAAUGAUACUAACCCUGACGAGGAGCUGUCGUCUUCAUGUCUAAUGGAGGACGAUUUUACUAACUCUGCCAGUGACCUGGCUUUUCUGGGUGUAAUGAAUAGCAGGCAUGUGGACCUGAAGCUGAAGAAGCUCACAGAGUUUCGGCCACAGGAUGGCAGCUCUCCUUCCUCAUCAUCCUCUUCAUCAUCACUGACAGCAUCCAGUACUUCUCCCCUCAGCCCUGAACCAAGUGGCCUACUGAAUAAUGCAGAUGAGCUGCAUGCGGAGCGUCUUCACAGAGCUACAGAACGUCUGCGCAGUCCUGUUGUCUUCCAUAAGGAGUCUGCUGUCAGGAAAACACAGCUUAAAUCAUUCAGCCAAUAUGUAGAGACCAGGCCAGAGGUUAAAAGGCAGAGAUCGGUGCCUGAAGAUCUGAAGCGAGCGAGCGAGGAGAGAGGAACUCUGACAGAGACAGAGGGACGAAAACCAAUUGAAGAUGAACAGAAGGCAUUCAAAGACACCAGUCAGUACGUGGUGGGAGAACUGGCGGCGCUGGAGAGCGAGCAGAGGCAGAUCGACACGCGGGCCUCACGCGUGGAGAGGCGUCUGCGCUAUCUCAUGGACACAGGGAAUAAUAAGGAAGAGGAGGAAGCCAUGAUGCAGGAAUGGUUCAUGCUGGUCAACAAGAAGAACGCUCUGAUCCGCCGACAGAACCAGCUCUCUCUGCUGGAGAAGGAACAUGAUCUGGAGAGACGCUUUGAGCUGCUGAACCGAGAAUUAAGGGCAAUGCUGGCAAUUGAAGACUGGCAGAAGACAGAGGCACAAAAGCGCAGAGAACAGCUCCUCCUGGAUGAGCUCGUCAUCCUGGUCAACAAACGUGAUGCACUGGUCAGAGAUCUUGAUGCCCAGGAGAAAGAGGCUGAAGAGGAAGACGAGCACCUGGAGAGAACCCUGGAACAGAACAAAGGCAAGAUGGCAAAGAAAGAGGAGAAGUGUGUUCUUCAGUGACUGUCAUUUCCGAACCAAAAUAUGCUAAAGGAGAAAGCUAACACGUGUACACUAAAAUGUCUUGAAAUGUAUUAAUCAUAAACACCAUGGCAUACACUUUAUUAUUAUUUUAAAUCUUCAUAUGUAGAAUCUUUUGUUAUGGCGAAGGGCUAAGCAACUGGUUGAGACCCUAAGAUACCUCCUGUUUAGUUAAUACAGAGAGAUUGUUUAACAUACACAAAAACAUUAUUAUUAUAAUUAUGAUUAUUAGGGUUGGUUUGUUUUCACAAACAGGGUACUUAAGGAGCUAAUAUGUAAUGCGGUAUAAAGCUGUGUAAUUUUAAACAUCCUGACUAAAUUGUUAAAUCCAUUAUAAUUCAGACAGAAAAAUGUACCUAAAUAACCAAACUUUAAUCAGAACAGAAUGUGUUUCCCUUUCUUGCAGGAAGUUAUGAUUCAAAAGUUUCGGGACAUUUGGGGACAUUUUCCAUUUGUGAAUAGGAUUGGAUUUCAAAAUCAUAUCACAUUUCAGUUUUAAGGAAAUCUAUCAACAAGUUCUCCUCUAACAAAAGCUGUGUGAAAAUGAAAUGUUUUAAUUACUCAACUUUUUAUGAGUAGAAUUUUUCCAGAGGGGUAGUUGCAUUUUUAAAAAAUGAAUUUUGUGUUUUAAUGGCUUUUUUUUUAUUUUUAAUAUGUUUACCAAAUGUUUUAGAGCUUGCUUAGUGAGAAGAUUAAAAUACUGCAAGUGCUUUUGCUGAAAACAAACAAACAAACAAAAACGUCAUGCUGUACAUUUCAUUUCACUGUUUGGGGCUUUAAAAAGCUUGAAAAAAAAAAAGCUUAUU